CAGCAGCAGGAGGAUGGAAUAGAAGUGGCUUCACAUAGAAUGGAGAUCUCAUCGAGCUUGCUGUUCCUGAGCCACCUAAUAGUGCUCACCUAUGGCCAUCCCGUCCUAAAAACACCAGAGCGUGUGACAGGAACCUGGAAAGGAGAUGUGAAGAUUCAGUGCAUCUAUAAUCCCCUGACAGGCUACAGAGAAGUUUUGGUGAAAUGGCUGGUACAACGUGGCUCUGACCAUGUCACCAUCUUCUUACGUGACUACUCUGGAGACCAUGUCCAGCAGGCAAAAUACAGAGGCCGCCUGAAAGUGAGCCACAAAGUUCCAGGGGAUGUGUCUCUCCAACUGAAUAACCUUCAGAUGGAUGACAGGAAUCACUACACAUGUGAGGUCACCUGGCAGACUCCUGAUGGAGACCAAGUAAGGAGAGAUAAGAUCACUGAGCUCCGUGUUCAGAAAUACCCGUAUAAGCCACCUAAAAUCACUACUGAAGCACUUACGACCAUGCAAUCCUCUUUGGAAGCAACGACUAUAACGAGUUCAACUUCUGACUGGACCACUAGUGUGACUCAAACACCUCAGGGGACCACUACUGUCCCAGGAGGGAAGCUGCCGAUCUUUGCCAUAAUCUUGAUCAUCUGCUUUUGCUGCAUAGUAGUUGUCACCAUAGCUUUUAUCAUGUUCCGCCGCAGAACAUUCCAAGAGUAUGUCUAUGAGGUGAGCAGGAUGUAUGCCAGACAGACAAGCAACUCUGAAGAAACCACAAGAGUGACUACCAUUGCAAGUGCAUACUUCAAUAAUGAACCAGAUUCCCAGGCUCUGAUCAAUGACUACUCUGAUGAUCCUUGUCUCAGCCAGGAGUACCAAAUAACAACCAGAUCAACAAUGACUAUUCCUGCCUGCUGAACACAAUUCCAAGAAACUAAGAAGUUCUUGUUACUGAAGAAAAUAACAUCUUCUAAGUCAAGGUCUACUGGCAUAAUUGCCUGUGACUUAUUCAGUUCUUGCCUUCAAUGUAGCUUCUCCACAGCUUCCUCUCUUUCUAAGCAAGCUAAAGUAUCUAUAUAGCCUGCCAAUUCUGAUGAAUCCUGGGUUUGGCUAAGAAGAUGCUAUACGUACCUCAAGAACUCUAGCUUCUGGGUUUGGCCCAGGACACUUUUCAUUCUGGAGCCUUCACCACUCCUCUCCAAACACCAGAGAAAUUUCCAUAGCACUAGAGGUUCUUUAGCAUGCCUCCAGGCACCACCAGAAAGAAGAAAAAUAGAAAUUUCAGUCCUAAAAUCUCAGGCAAAUACUUGCAUCCAGGAUUACCCCCUUUCUCUAGGGCCAGAUGACUUGUAAUUGCUAUUGCUAUUGCUACGCUGUUAAUCUAAUGCACUUAUAUUCUUUUGAUGUUAAUAAAUAUUUAAUCAUGACAGCAA